AUGAGGAGUACUUCAGCGCUAAUAGCGUUACCAAUUGAAAAGAAGUGUCAAAUACCCGCUAAUCUUAGCAACGUAAUAAUCACGAAUAACAACUUUAGGACGAAUAUCGACGCCGGUUCCAGUGUGCCAACAAAUACGUUGGUUACAUUUGCAUGUCAACCUGGCUACCAGUUAGACGGAGAUGAAACGUUGGUCUGUACAGACGAUGGUUGGGACAAAAAGGUGCCAGUUUGUUACAGUCGCAAGUCCCAUCGCGUUGUUGUGUCAGCCGCCCAUUGUUUCUAUGAUGAAGCUAAUUUAAGGCCGUACGAAAAUAAGUUUUUUAAGGUGUCACCAGCAAACGUGAAAUACUCGUAUAACGUCUCGGAUGGUGUCGAUGUAACAAAUAUAUAUAUACCCGAAAUAUACAAGGGUUCCGAUUAUUACGGUGAUAUGGCGAUUAUCACCUUACAACAGCCGUUCACAUUCAAUCAUUCAGUCAAACCGAUUUGCUUUCAAUAUCACACCGAGGGAGCCGCUAAUGUGGAAACUGGCAGAGAUAGUUUCAUAAUCGGAUGGGGUCCCACUGAGAGCAGUCACUAUAAAGACGUCCUUCAGAAAGUGGAAGUAACUACGCUGUCCUAUAACUCCUGCAAUGAAACGUUAAACGGCAAAGCAACGCAACGAUAUGACUUGGCAGUUGAUAAGUUUUGUGUUGUCCGCAAAGGGACCUCAGGCGAGAUUUGUAGAAGCGAUAGUGGUGGAGGUUUCGUCAAAAGUACCAAUGGACAAUAUUAUUUGGUUGGAGUAAUAAGUCAUGCACCAUUGGGCAAUGUCGAUUGCGCGAGAGAUAGUCUUAUAGCGCUGACGAAUGUGCAAUAUUAUGUUAAAAUACGUCAAAGCAUAGAGGAUGAUCAGAUUGAAAAUUAAACCUUGCCGCUGUGAAAAUGAAAGUGACAAACUUUGUACUAUGUUCAUACUUAAGCACAUGCACAUGGAGUAUGCAUUUUAUAAUUAUUACAAAAUUCAUCACAAAGUUAUGUUUCGAAACUGAAUUACUGUUAAGAUAUAAUAUUUUUGUACAAAAACAACAUUUUUAUACUGCAUAUCGCUCAUUUACUUGAAUAGUGUCACAACUCAAAAAAGUCAAUUUUUCAGGAGAGCGAUUUAAAGUUUUCAAUUGUCUCUUAUUUAGCAAAUAUAGAAAAAUGCCAUUAGUUUAUUGACAAAUCUAGUGACCUGUAAUAUAUUGAAUACAAUGUUGAACAUAAAUGGACCGAAUAAAGUGUACUAAUGCUUUUUCUUAGGCAUAAACGUGACCCACUUUCAAUUACAUAUGUUAUUUGAGAAAAAUAUAAAUCAAUUUCGCUGUCAUAAGUUAAAUGUGUCGUUAUUGCUGAAAAAGCAACAUGAAAAAUUUAAUGUCCUCUUCACAAAUCUCGUUUUAACACAAAAUGUUUCGUUCUUUCUGAAAAUAAAACCAAAUUCACCCUGUGACAAUAUGUGUUGUACCACAAUAUAUGUUUUCUGUCUUAAGAAACACCAUGCCAAAUUCUGGUACACCUCAAAUGUGUCAUUAUUGUGUUUAAAAAAUAUUGCAACAUGCCAAGUUUAAUAACGGCACAUUCUUAAUUCACGGUUUAUUUUUCUACACAUCGGAAUGAAAUUUUUAUACAAUAUGGACGACGAAAUUGCGCACAUUUCUGCAUACUCAACUCCAAAAUCGUGUUGUUGUGUUAUGACCCUAUUCAUGUGAAUGAGCGUUAUGUAUAUGUAUUUAUACAUUGCAGUAAUGGUUUUGGGUUAUAAUUUUCUUAAAUUUUUAUUUUUGACUAAAAAAUAUUACCUCAUACAAAUAAUUA